GAUGACUGAUGAAUCUCAGCAGAACAACAGAAGCAGCACAUUGAAGAGUCUGAGAGAAGGAGACAGCAGCAUGAAGAGGCUUGCAGCUGCAGAGUCUCCAGUAAAGGAGCUUCAGGCUGUCUGCGUGCCGUUGGAUCAGCAGUCCUGCAGGUCUUACAGCAGUCAACACACCGCAGCGUCUCCUCCUCUGAUCAGCCCCGACCUGCCGCCCGCCAACAGAGACCCGUCGUGCUGCGCCGUCGUUCCCGGUCAGGAGACGCUGCUGGAGAUCAGUAAAGGCCGAUCAGGACUUGGACUCAGUAUAGUGGGAGGACGAGACACACAGCUGGACGCCAUAGUGAUCCAUGAGGUUUAUGAAGAAGGAGCUGCAGCCAGAGACGGACGCCUGUGGGCAGGAGAUCAGAUACUGGAGGUGAACGGCGUGGACCUCCGCGGUGCUUCCCAUGAAGAAGCCAUCGCCGCGCUGCGACAUACGCCAGCGAAGGUCCGUCUGACGGUUCUGAGAGACGAAGCUCAGUACAGAGACGAGGAGAACCUGGACCUGUUUAAGGUGGAACUGCAGAAGAAGAGCGGCAGAGGCCUCGGACUCAGCAUCGUCGGGAAGAGGAGUGGCAGUGGUGUGUUUAUCUCUGAGGUUGUCAGAGGAGGAGCCGCUGAGCUGGACGGUCGUCUGAUGCAGGGAGAUCAGAUUCUGUCCGUUAACGGAGACGACACGAAACACGCAUCACAGGAAGCGGUCGCUGCCAUACUGAAGUGUGUUCGCGGUCCGGUCCAGUUGGAGUUCGGCCGACUCAAAGCUGCUUCCUGGAUCUCAUGCAGGCGUAACUCCCAGGGAAGCCAGAUGAGUCACAUCAGUGGGAACAGCUCAGGCGUCGUGGCUCCGCUCCUCACACAGACCCCCCCACCUCUACCUCCACGGCGCCCCCCCCCUCCGCCCCUCAACAACAACACCACGAAGCCCUCCAGUGACAUCACUUCCUGCCCUGCUGACAGCGCAGGAACAGACGCUGACAUCCGUACAGUGGAGAUCACCAGGGGUGUGAGCGACUCUCUGGGAGUGAGUAUAGCGGGGGGGAAAGGAAGCCCGCUGGGAGACAUUCCCAUCUUCAUCGCCAUGAUCCAGGCCAACGGUGUCGCCGCCAAGACGCACCGACUCAAGGUGGGAGACAGGAUCGUCAGUAUCAACAGUCAGUCAGUAGACGGUCUGUCACACAGCGAGGUCGUCAACAUGCUGAAGAACAGCUACGGAAAUAUCAGCCUGCAGGUGGUUGCGGACACCAACAUCAGCGCCAUUGCCAGUCAGGUGGAGAGUUUGUCCAGCAGCUCCAGUCUGACAGCCAACACUGACACACACACAGCUGAGCCAGAGGGUCCGCGACCUCGCAGCAUCAGUCUGGAAAAAGGUUCGGAGGGACUCGGCUUCAGCAUCGUCGGAGGUUUCGGCAGCCCACACGGAGACCUGCCGAUCUACGUUAAGACCGUCUUCAGCAAGGGUGCGGCAGCGGUGGACGGGCGUUUGAAGCGAGGAGAUCAGAUCCUGACGGUGAACGGCGAGACUCUGCAGGGAGCGACACACGAGCAGGCCGUUGCCAUCCUGAAGAAACAGAGAGGGACUGUCACACUGGACGUCCUGUCCUAACACACACACACACACACACACACACACCUGCAUGCACUAACACACACAUACAAAUCUCCAGAUAAAUCACACACACACACUUUGACUCUUUGAUGGAUCAUGAACUCUGAUCUUCCCAACAUGCAAAAAAAAAAAAAGAAAAAAAAAGAAACAGCAUCAAAGACAAACACACUUCCUGUUCGGACAGACAGGUUUAUAAAACCUCUGAUGUCAGACAGCAGAGACCAGACGAGUGUCUCCACCUGAAGACCUGUCAGAGAUUUGCAACUUUAAAGGACGAGUUCACUGUUUUUCAAGUGUGUCUUAAACCAGCAGUCAGUUUCCUAAAGUAACAGUAAGUGUGUAUAUGUGUGUGUAAUGAUUCCUCCUGUUCAUACUGACCAUUAGAAGAUCCCUUCAUAAUGCUCUUACAGUGGAUUUAUUUAUAAAGUCAUUCUUGGUGUGCUUCCAUCAUACCUUCACAUCUACAACCUUUAUAUUAGUAUGUGGAGUUAUAAUCUUCACUCCCAGGACCGAUCUGUCCCUAAAGUCUGGAUUUAACUGGUUAAAAAGGAAGUUUAAGUGAGCUGCUCCGUCUGCUUGGUAUCUGCUGCACAAUGACCUGAAUCUUCACUGGAGACAUUUAAAGUCACACUAAAUGAAACACUAAUUUACUCUGAGACAGACACAUCUGGCUCUAGAUGUCUUUAACUGAUCCCUGAUGUUAAUGACUUGCAACAUCACUUCCAUUGAAAGCACAUUAGAAGGAGAUCUUUUAAUAGUCAGUAUGAACAGGAGGAAUGUUUACAGAGAGGAAAACAUCUUUACUGUUCAUAUGGAAGCCUGGCUGCUGCUUUAAGACUCACUUGGAAAAAAUUGUGAAACACUAAAAUUGUGGACAUGUCAGAAUAUCGUCUUAAACAAAUGAAGAGACACUACGGACUUAUGAUGGAGAGAAACAUCCUGUUGAUGUAUUUCGGAGGAAGAAAAAGGGAAGUGUUGCUGAAUAGAUGUCACUUUGCAGCUGCACAUGUUAGUUUAGCAUCUUCUGUGUGGUAAAAAGGCCGGUUAGCUUUUAUUUAGCAGAAACUGCUCCGACAUCCAUGAUGUCUUGCUGCUGCCAUAUAAAUACACCACCGGACUGUCCACAUACUUCUGGCCAUAUAGUGUAAUAUGCUUUUUUUGUUAUAAUAGGGAUACUUCACUCUGACUGUUGUGAUUUGUUUGAUAAUGAAGAAUUUACACAAUCUGUUAGGGUUAAUUGUUUUCAGUUUUUCAUAUAAAAAAAUCCAGUAAUUUGGUUUAAUUUAUUUUUAAUAUUCAGAAAUGUAAAAAAAAAAAAAAAAAAAAAGGAUCUGAUUUAAGUGUAUGGGAUUAAAUUUAUGUUUAAAUAAUAAUUGAACAAGAAUGAAACAAAAAUAUAAAUAAAUUAUAAGUGAAUAAAAAGAAGAAAAAUUACAAUAAAUCUAUAAAAGAGUUAUAUUCUUCAAAUUCACAUCAGCAGCGAUCAUACCUAUAUGAUUAUUUAAUUACUAAUAAUAACAUCAGAUCAAUUAAGAGGAUGAUAACUGUCCCUUAAGAACAUAACGAGUUAGUGGGGAGAAUUAAUCUAAGUCGUACCACUGUUGUAUAGUUUUAUUUAUAUUUUUGUUUAAUUUUCAGAAGAUUUCGUUCACUUAUUACGACACAAUUAAUCCCAAGUGUGUGAAACUCAGAUUAUUAGCCGUGCAGAAGUUAAAGAUAAUUUAAAGGUGCUUAAUUUUCUGUUUUUUUCCACUUUAUUUCAUGUUAGUGGGGUAAAAGAAACCACUUUCACCCCCACGAUGAUGUUGAAAGCAGGUGUGAAUGUCCUGCUCACACACACACAGGUGUUUUCACAACAAUAAUAUGUACGUUAAUCAGCAUUUACAGGUAAAACAGGUGUCAAUCAAGCACAAUCAGCAAACAGACCUGGAAAAGAAAAAGUCUGAUCGAGCUGAAUAAGUGAAAACACCUGCUGGAGUGUUAAAUUGAAGAUUAAACUGAUUAAAAAGCU